ACUUGAACUGAAUAGUUCGAAAUUCAUUUUGUUUGCGGGCAGUCGAAACAUUUAAAAUGGGCAGAAUAAAAUUUAACGGAGUUUUCUUACUGAUGGUCCUUCAAAUAUUCUUGGUGGCUACAACAACUGGAGAUGAAAAGUGUGAAUCAGACCGAAAAAUGGAAGAACAGUGCCGGCUUCAUAACUACAAGACUGUCAAACCUUUGCUCGACUAUUUUAGGCAGGUUAGAAAUGAGAUAGAACAAAGUGAAACUAAGGAAAAACAGAUAAGUGAAUUAAAUUCUGAUCUUAUGGAAAAAUAUCGUGAAAUUGUAAGAAUUCAUGAAACAUUCAUGAAGGAGGCAGCUCUAUUAAAUGAGUAUAAAAACAAAGUAAACAAAGGGGAAAACGAUUUGCAAUUGUGUCAAAAUAAAGUUGAUAAAUCUGAAUCUGAAAUUAAUUCAAAACAAAAUACUAUUCUUAACUUAGAAGAGCAACUAUCAGAUAAAUCCACCAACUUAGAAAAUUGUCAAGUUCAAUUAAAAUCUUUCAACUCUAGUUUAAUUGAAAAAGAUGAAAAUAUAAAAGCUCUUAAUUCUAGAUUAAUUGAAAAAGAUGAAAAUAUAAAGAGAUUUAGUGAGAAUAUUAAAAAUAAAACAGAACAUCAGAAAGCACUUGAGUUGGAAUUAGAGAAGAGUAAAUCUAUAUCAAUAAAGAAUGAAAAUGAUAUUCAGUUAUGUCGUUCAGAAAUCAACGAAUUAAAUAGGACAUCAGAAAACAUUAGAGAAGAACAGAAAAAGAUUCAAUUAAAAUUAAAAGAAAGUGAAACUAAGCUAAUAGAUAAAGAAAAGGAUAAAUCCACCAACUUAGAAAAUUGUCAAGUUCAAUUAAAAUCUCUUAAUUCUAGAUUAAUUGAAAGAGAUGAAAAUAUAAAGAUAUUUAGUGAGAAUAUUAAAAAUAACACAGAACAUCAGAAGAAACUUGAGUUGAAAUUCGAGAAGAGUAAAUCUACAUUAAUAAAGCAAAAAAAACUUAUUCAGUUAUGUCGUUCAGAAAUCAACGAAUUAAAUAGGACAUUGGAGAACAAUAGAGAAGAACAGAAAAAGAUUCAAUUGAAAUUAACAGAAAGUGAAACUAAGCUAAUAGAUAAAGUAAAGGAUAAUCAGUUAUGUCAAUCUGAACUUGAUAAAUUAACUCCCACAACAUGCAUCCCUUUCGGAGAUUAUUCAGGAGUUCAUCAACUCAAUGUCUCUGGCAUAGGUUUAUUCGAUGUUUUGUGCGAUAGUCAGUUAGCUGGACCUGGAUGGAUUGUAAUACAAGAACGAGUUGGGGGAAAUGAGAGUUUCACUAGGGAUUGGGCAACGUAUCGCAAAGGUUUUGGUUCUUUUCAAAGUGAUUUCUUUCUUGGAUUAGAGAAAUUACAUCGUAUCACGAGCUUGCAGCGUUUACUUUACAUACAUUUGGUUGCUGAGAAUGAAAGAACCUACAACGCUCGUUAUGACGACUUCAAAAUAUCUGAUGAAGAUAAUGGAUAUGCACUGAGUUUGGGUAAAUUUAAUGGAACUAUUGUGGAUAGCAUGAGAUACAAUGAAAACAUGAAAUUCUCAACAUUCGAUCACGACAACGACAAUGCUGAUGAUGAUAAUUGCGCAAUCAUAUAUGAAAGUGGCUGGUGGUACAAUUAUUGUUCUACUUGUAAUUUAAAUGCACCAUAUGAAGAUCUACAUUGGUACAACAUUGAGUACAUUUUCAUUAAAGAAGUUAAGAUGUUAAUUCGCCCCAAAGAAGAGAUGAAGAAGUGAUAAACUGAAAAGCUGAAAUUCCCAUAUUUGACUUAAUUAUGUAAUCAUUUAUAUAUAAUUGGUGCAUUAAGAAAUUGCGUUCUAAAAAAUAAAAUGAUCGAC